ACACUCACUCUCCCUCGCCGAAGUCGUACCAAAACAACAACAAAGCCACUGAAAAUUUGAAUGGGGUAGCGUGUGAGGCAGUAUGAGUGAGCCAGCUGAUCACCAUUCCAACGCUACCAAACCUGCUGAAUCCAACCCUACACACCCUGCACACCUUACCAGCCCUGUUCAGCCUAACCCUGCACCAAACAGAACCCCAAAGAACACCCCAGUCCGCCACCCCUGCCUGAACACCCCACCCAGUACUUCACCCCUGCUCCUCGGCGCUUCUUCCCUCACCAGGCCGGCCAUACGCACCCCGCAGCCUGUCAGUCUAGUGGAGUACCUGAGAGAGGAGCCUAGGACACUGUAUAUUGACCCACACCUGUUCCCUUCAGGCUUGGAACCCGGGGAUGUGGUGGAGGUGUCGGGUCCUGCUAACUGUGGUAAAUCUAUGCUAGCGCUCUCUCUAAUUGCCACAGCUCUCCUCCCUGCUGUGUGGUGUGGCGUGCAGGUCGGCGGAUGUGAAGCUGGGGUGCUGUAUAUCGACUGUGAGCAGCAUUUCAGCAUUUUCCAGCUUGUUAAUCUGAUGUAUCGUAAGGUGAAGAUAAGAGUUAAGUUGGCCAGGGGGGCUUUGAAGGAACACAGACGGAGUGGAGUAACAGACACGGCAGUUAUCGCUAAUAUUCGUGACCUUACUGAACUUUUGCGAUAUAGCACAUCCAUUUUAAAGGACAAGAUACAGGACAUGGUGCAGGGGCGUCUCGAGGGCUUCCACUACAUUGGCUGCCUUCAAAGUGCGCAGUACCCGAUCGCUCUGGGCUCCAUAGACGAACACCUGGCCAAGAACAGUGAUGUGUGUCUCCUGGUGGUGGACAGCCUCUCUGCUUUCUCCUGGCAUGACUGGAUAUACAAAGCCAAUGGGAAGUUUGUGGAACUGAAAAAAUAUUACGAUAAACUCCUUAGUGUUCUUCUGGCUAGCGUUAAGAAGUAUAAGGUUGCUCUCAUUGCCGUUAAACAAGCGCUGUUCCUGAAAAUGUGCGAGGAUAACCCCAGGAAAAGCGUGGAGGAUGAGGAGGAGGUGCGGGAGGAAAGUGUGGUGUUGGAUGAUGAUAUGGAGGAAGGUGAUGUGACGGGGAACAUGAUGGAGAAUGAAUACCUUGGCUACACGUGGGUUAGCGGUGUCACGUGUCAGGUUAUCAUGUCAAAGGUGCGAGUUGGCAAGGGCUUGUCGAGUGUUAGUCCAGGGAAUAAAGACACAAAGAACGUGGAUCUGAAUAGUGAGGUGAAGCAGUUGUUCUCAGCGGAAGUGAUAAGGAAUAAGGAGAGUGUCAAGUUACAGUUUGUCGUCACCGAGGAGGGUCUUAUGUGGCAGUAGGCUUUUAUGUGUUGUUUUUGUAUUGUUUGUCUGUGUUUUAUGGAUUGGCAGUGAGGUCUUUGUGUAUUGGGUAAGGCUGGAGUGAGUAUAGCAUGUUUUUUAAAGUGAGUGUCAAGUCGACUGUCGAUCUAUCAUGUUUUAAAGUUUUUUUUUUUUUUUUUUUUUUUUUAGUGAAUAGCAAGUUUUUAGGUCAGACAAAUAUAGUUGGUUCUUGUACAGUCAUUCUAAUCUUUUUGAGAGUUAUUAUAGCAGGCUUUUAAGUGAGUGUAGCAGUUUAUUCAUUUAUUUUAUUAUAUA